GUUUAACCGUGCAGGCUUCAAAUACAGCAUUCGCCGGAAUUGCUCUCCCUUGUCCUCUCAGCCCGUCGUCUGCUUCACACGCAACAAUCCCAGUCCCAUACACAGGAAUUCAAGGCAUCGAAAGAGAUAUGUAUAUGGCGGUGGCUAUUCCCCAAGAAAGUGUGAAGUGGCAAGAGAAAAAGGCAAUAUCACUCUGUCUGUCUGUUGAUAAAGGCGAGAUGCUCCCAUCUUCCGACGAAAGAUCUGUUUUCGAGUCGAAUUUGAAGAUAGAAAAGACUCGUUAUCAGACAGCACACAACUGCCUGAUAACCCAGGCCCAUCCCAACCACCCAACCAAGGGCCCGUCUAUGAAGACAUAUUCGGUUUGGAGUACCCUGUUAAUUUGUUUUGUAUCAGUGUGUUUUUUUCAGUAAGUAUUUGAUGUGAGUAGGUAUUUUUCUGUUCUUGUUU